AUGAAUGUUGAAAGAUUCGAGUAUCUCCUGAGCUUGGUUGGUCCACUGAUAAAGAAGAGAGAAAUAUAUACUGCUAUUUUACCUACUCAAAGGCUUGCUAUGACAUUGAGAUUCUUGGCAGCAGGAGACAGUCAGUAUACUCUGAGCUUUUUGUAUCGAUGUGGCCAGAGCACUGUCUUUCAGAUCUUGGCCGAAACCACUCGAGCAUUUGUCAGUAUGUUGAAGAGUGUGUUUGUAAAGCCUCCAGCAAAUGAAGCGGAGUGGCGUGAGGUGACUGCUGGAUUUUGGGAAGAGUGGCAGUUUCCCCAUUGUGUGGGGGCCAUUGAUGGGAAGCACAUUCAAAUACAGGCUCCACAAACUUCCCAAAUUUGUGAUGCACACUACAACUUCAUCAUGCUGGAUGUAGGAGCAGAAGGCUCACAAAGUGAUGGCGGAGUUUUUCAAUCGUCUGAAAUGGGUCGGCGAUUGAAUGAUGGAUCCCUCAACUUGCCAAAUUCAAGUUGUCUACCAGGAACUGAUAUUGAUAUGCCCUACUUCCUUGUAGGAGAUGCAGCUUUCCCUCUGAAGCCUUCCUUGAUGAAAUCCUAUGGCAAGCGCAACAUACCCCAUGAUCAAUCUAUAUAUAACUUUAGAUUGAGCAGAGCAAGGAGGGUGAUUGAAAAUGCCUUUGGUAUUUUAGCAGCUCGUUGGAGGAUUUUUCGUCACCCUAUUAUUGCUACAGAAGACAAUAUGGAAAGCAUCAUUGAAUGUGCUGUUUGCCUUCACAAUUUCAUCCGCAAGACAGGCGAUAGAAAACUCAACCUGGAGUACUACCCCCCUUCCUUUAUGGAUCUUGAAUUGCCAAUUGGCGAACUGGUAGAAGAAGAAUGGCAUGAUAUUGUCGCUGGGGAGAAUGGAGCCAUCAUUAAUGGUCCACGGAUGGGAGCAAGAAAUGCUGUUCUUGGAGUUUUACAACAGAGAAAUGCAUUGAAGGAAUUUGUGAAUGGGCCUGGGGCUAUGCGCCAUCAAGAUACCAUUGUGAGGAUCCGGCAAGGAAUUAUCCCUCCUCAGGAUCUACGCUUACUGUAG